AUGUGGAUCCGAUCACUACUUUUAUUCCCACUUAAGAUAAUACACGGAGACCAAAACCUAGAAGACAAGCAAGACUUGCAAACAGUGGACACUCCGAAGUACAACUUCAAUAGUUUUAUAAAUGAUAGUACUAAACAGCUAUACCAACGACGACUGGAUGAAAAACUACGAGAAAUAGAGAGACAAACAUUUUCAGACAUUUACGAGAAUAUUAUUGCUAGUUUACACCAGGCCUCUAAGGAGACAUUCGGGACACAGCAAAACAAAAUUAGUAACGAAAUAUGGUGGAACGAAGAAAUCGAAUAUAUGGUAAAACAGAAAAAAGAACAGCAUCUAAACUGGCUAAAUACAAAAAAUACUGAAGACCAUCAAACUUACAAAGAAACCGAUAGACAACUACGAAAAAUGAUAAAACAAUAA